AUGGAUGUCAACCCCCAUUCCAAACCCUCCCAUAAACAGGCCUGUGAUAAUUGUCGUCGGCGCAAAAUUAAAUGCUCACGCGAUUUACCCUGUGAUAAAUGCCAACGUCUUCUACUAUCCUGCUCUUAUAGCGAUGUGCUACGUCGCAAGGGACCCAAAUUCCGCACUCUGUAUCCCAUCGCGCCGAUCUAUCCGCUCUCCGCACGCGGAGACACACCUCCAGAUCAACAACUCUACGGCACAAACGAUGGGUACAGAUUAAGUUCACCUGCCUCUCCAGCCUUCCCAGUCUAUGAUGCAUCAUUCAGAAAGACCGAUAUCGCAGAUGCAUUCUCACAGCUUCCCCAAGCCGAGCUAGCCUCCGGCUCCUCCCCAGACUCAACGGAUGUUCUAACCGUUGACUCCUCGGUUUACGGCCCUCCGCCCCCACGAACAUGUCGCUUGCCUCCACAAAUUCUCCUGGCACAUGUAAACGUUUAUUUGAAAUAUUUGUUUCCCAUCAUGCCUGUUGUACGGGGUGAUCGAUUGCGUCUUGAUUCCCAUUGCCCGGAACAGUUGUCGAGUGCAAGAUAUGCGUUUUUGGCUUCUCUCUGCGCGGCAACGCAUAUUCAACUUAAGUUAGAUGGAGCAAAUCCUGUACCUGUACCUGAUACUGUGAGACUGCAGAGUUGUGGAGAUGGUCGUGCGCUUAUUUCGGGGGAGAAGUUGUUAGAGGAGGCUGUUAGGGCGAGGGGGGAGUGUGAUGUUGUAGAGGAUAUUAGUGUUGAGAAUCUGCUUACGUCGUUUUUUUUAUUUGCGUCAUAUGGGAAUCUGGAUAGGCAGAGUCAUGCGUGGUUUUAUUUUUGUCAGGCUAUGUCUAUGGCUUUUGCCUUGGGGUUGAAUCGGGAGGCUACCUAUGCGGAUUUUCAGGUUGAGGAAGCCGAGGAGCGACGGAGGGUGUUUUGGCUUUUAUUCAUUACUGAGAGAGGAUAUGCUCUUCAGCAAUCGAAACCAGUCAUGCUCCGAAGCUCUAUCCAUAAGCCACAGGUCCUCUGCGCUGAAGACCCUAUCCUGGCUUACGGCUUCAUUAAUCUGAUUAACAUCUUUGAAAACCUUACGCCAGAUCUAUAUGACUGGUUCUCUGCUGGUGGUGGGGAGGGAAUACUAGAGAGGCCUCCCACAUCAGGCAUCCUGUCCAGUCUAUGCAAGCCUAUAUCCUUGGAAGGUGUCCUUGAAAUACAGCAGGUGGAUAUCCUCAUCACGCAGCAGUGGUUACAAGCCAUGAUGUGGAAGCUUUCCAUGAACCAUGGUACCCAACCUGGGUUGAAGGAUGAUGCUGUUUUGCCAUUUCAUCUGCCUGUUUUAGUCGGCAAGGCUGUAAUGGGCGUUAUAGGGACUGCAUCACAGGGUUCCGUAGAUGCUCACGGUAUUGGGAUGGAGCAAAAGCUAUUUGAUAUGGGUGUCUCCGUCGCAGAUGUCACCCGGUCGCUUGGACCAAAGAACGUCCAUCGGCUCGCAGAAUCAACAGUUGAUCCUCGUGAACUCCUUUGGGGUAUUCUAAAUACCCUUUCUCAGAUUCGUGGAUCACCAUCCUACCUCUUCCCGUCACUACUCGAGCGAUGUAAAACAAUCAUCGAACUAGAUGGUACUAUCAACAUGGGAAAUUUCCUACCCGUCCUUGGAGAAGGUAUGCCCGACCAAUUAAGUACAUGGGCCAAUGAACAACGAUGGAAUCUAUUAGCUUCGGCUGGUAGAGAGUCGCAGGAUGGAAGAGAUGAUGGUGACAACGUAAAUCGGCAGAAUGAUCUAUCUGGGCUUCGUCAUCAGAGUAUUUCCAGUGAGCUGAGAUUUUGA